UACGGCGGUUGAUUUAGAGUUUGUGCUAGUGGCGCCUACGCAGAAUUUUGCGUAACCUAUUCCGCGAAAUCUACUUUUUUUCAAUGUUGUAAAUGUGUAACAUUAAGUUAAUUUAAGUUUAGUAAUGUAAAACGUAAGAUAGCGAAAAACAUGAACCAUAGCGUAACAAGGGUCGUCAGUACUGAACUAUCUACAGUGGACUGUACAUAGUUUAGUACGUGGAUAAUACUGAAAGUUUCUGGAAUGAGCCAUUUAGAGGUCACGCAAUGAAAAUCUUGAAAAUAUAACUUGUUUGGAAAUUGUAUUAUUUUUAGAUACAAUUUGUUCGGUGAUGAUUUGUAUUUUUGGAAUGCUGUUUGAAAAUUAUAUGUCAGGGAUUUUAUAAAUAUUAAAAAAAAAGAUUUCAGGAGCUUUCAGUAUGACCUAAGUACAAGUGAUUACAAUCACGUCUAAAAAUAUCGAUAUGUGUAAAGUGCCAAUAAUAGUAUAGACGAACUUGUUGGCCAUAUAUUAAGGUAGUGUAUACAUAUAUUUGGCACUUUGUCCGUAUCGUCAUUUUGAGACGUGACUGUACAGAUAUUAACACAUUCAGUGCUAGCGCAAGCCGAUAAGGUAGUAAUAUCUUUAGGUAUUUAAAUAAAAGUAAACAAAAUCUACCCUCAAAUGGCUCCUCAAGCCAGUAGAGGGUAGAUGAAAACAUUACAUGAUCAAAUAAUGUAGGUUAAAGUCAGAUCGUUCAGUGACAGAUCCAGGCGGUUUUGUAUUUGGUUGGUUAACCAAUAAAUGUUAUAACUACCCGAAAAUGUAUAAAUGAUUUGUUUAAUUUUAUUUAAAUACCUAAAGAUACAGAGUUAUAGGGAAAAACGCCUGCGAACAGAGAACCCGCCUAGCGCGUCGUUGGAAGUGAAUGUGUUAAAAACGAUUACAUAAUAAUAUUAAUUAUGAAUAACCCACCAUUAAUAUACCUCGUUUUUUUGCAUUAGAAAAAGGAUAAACAAUCUUGACGUGCCUUUUUAAUAAAAAAACGUUUAAAAAAAUAGUCUUCUUGGUGUGCCAUCAUCUCACGUCGGCGCCCAUCUCUCGGAAUUUACUUAUAUAUAGGUACUUAUGAAACCAAAUUAAUGUAAAUGAUAAUAAAAUAUAUAUAAGUAAAUGUUUCGACGACCGGUCUGGCCUAGUGGGUAGUGACCCUGUCUACGAAGCUGAUGGUCCCGGGUUCAAAUCCUGGUAAGGGCAUUUAUUCGUGUGAUGAGCAUGGAUAUUUGUUCCUGAGUCAUGGGUGUUUUCUAUGUAUUUAAGUAUUUAUAAAUAUUUAUAUAUUAUAUAUAUCGUUGUCUAAGUACCCUCAACGCAAGCCUUAUUGAGCUUACUGUGGGACUUAGUCAAUUUGUGUAAUAAUGUCCUAUAAUAUUUAUUUAUUUAUUAUUUAUUUAUUUAUUUACAUAAUGGAUAUAUACCGAGGUGUUACUAUAAUUAGGUUAAAUCUAAAAUAGGCCCUUGAGGCAUUGUGCAAUCAAGGUAAUAAAUAUCGAUACGGACAAAGUAACAAAAAUAUGUACACACUACCUUAAUGUAUUGGCAUUAAGGUCGCGUAUUGAAUGUAGUUUUAAGUUGCCGCUGUUGCCCAUAAAGUCGUGCAUACAUAUUUUUGGCACUUUGUCCGUAUCGAUAUUUAACACAUUCACUGCAGGGGACCCACCUGAUGGGCGCUCGUGAACUUUGUUCAGAUGCCGGACAACCCGCUGGGCGGGUUGUUUUGUACGCAGCUAUAGACCACCGGUUUCUGGGGUAGUGCGCCGUUUUUUGUCUGGCAGUGAAUGUGUUGACUUUACCAAGGAUGCUGGCGGCGUUUCCAUCUGCAUAUAAAUUGUUACAUACUUCAUGUAAAUUAUUUUUCAAGUUUUUUUUUAUAGACACGUCAGGAUUGUUUACUUUCAAUGCUAAAAGACGGGGUGACGUGUAUGCGCCCGCGCCGCCCCCCACCUCAGUAAUAAACUAGCUUCGCUAUAUACCGGUCGUUGGUCAUUUCGCUCCCCAAGUACUUCCCACUGGCGACGAACGGACGUUACCUUGCGCGUGUGUGUGGUUAUUAUUUAAAAAAUCUGUUUUUAAAUCAUGUCAAAUCUCCUCGGAAGUUUAACCGCGUUUGACCACAAUUCCCAGGAAUGGGAGAUUUUUAAAAGCAGAUUAGUGCAAUAUAUUAAGUUAAAUGCGGUAACGGCGGACAAUGAGUGUGCUUUACUUUUAACUCAUUUAAGUGACGAGACAUACCGACUGGUAAGGAACUUAGUGCAUCCGAAGAAAGUCGAGGAUUCUAAGUUCGAGGAGCUAGUAGCGGUGUUAGAUAAACAAUUAGCACCAAAACGUUGUAUUUUCGUCGAACGGGCGAAAUUUUACGAGGCGACGCGUGACGUUGCAGAAAACAUCGAACAAUGGGCGGCUCGAAUAAGUGGACUUGCUGUACGCUGCGAGUUUGGAGCCCCCUUGGAUGAGCUGCUUAGGGACAGAUUCGUGCUGGGGCUGAGCGUAGGCCCAGAGCGCGACCGGCUGUUCGAGCAGGAUGCUGCCACGUUAACGUUCGCGAAGGCCGUGGAAGUGGCCCAGAAGGCGGCGUAUGCUAGGAGCGCACGUACUACGUCUGUUCCUGCUGCCGUCGUGCAAGUCAAGCAGGAGCCGGUGUACCGGGUGGGUACAAGUCGCCCUGGUACCGGGGGGUCCUCCGACUCUCGACGCUGCUCCGUCUGCGGGCUUAAGAGCCACGACGCAAGUAAAUGUAAAUACAAGAACUACCGCUGCCAGGGAUGUGGACAAAAGGGGCAUCUAAAAAAGGUGUGCAACGCUGAGAAGGCGAAACAGUGUCGUGUUAACUGCAUUCAAGCUGACCUUGAGGGAUCAGCUGAGGCUUCUCAGAGUGCUGAAGGUUGCAAGGAGUGCGAGCUAUUUAAUUUAAGGUACGUUAAUUAUGCACCAAUAUUAUUGGAUGUAGAUCUUAACGGUAAAAAGUUAACAAUGGAACUUGAUUGCGGUUCAGGCGCGAGUGUGAUAAGUGACAAAUUAUAUUAUAAAACGUUUUCGGACACUAAAUUAAAAAAAUGCGAUUUAAAAAUGUGUUUCUACAAUGGUCAUCAAGUCACGCCACUGGGCUAUUUCACUACAAAAAUAACAUAUUUUAAACAAACGCAUGACAUAGAUAUUUAUGUUAUGGAGAAUGGUAGUCGUUUAGGUCUAUUGGGCCGUGAUUUUAUGACCAAGUUUAACAUGUAUUUUGCGAUUGACAAACAAAGAAUUAAUUUUGUUAGUUCGGAAUCGUUUCAAAGUGAAUUACCGCGGUUGCUAAGCGAAUAUUCGAGCCUUUUUAGUGAAGACUUAGGUAAAUUUAAUACAUUUCAAGUAGAAUUGAGAUUAAAAGAAAAUGUUACGCCUAAAUUCUUUAAGCCUCGUACGGUUCCUUUUGCUAUUAAAAAUAGGGUAGAGGAAGAAAUUGACAGGCUCGUUGGUUUAGGAAUAUUGGUACCGGUAACAUUUUCUAAAUAUGCGACACCUAUAGUGCCGGUUUUAAAGGAUAACGGCAAAAUAAAGAUAGCGGGUGAUUUUUCCGUAACGCUCAAUAAAGAUAUGAUAAUAGAUAAGUAUCCUAUGCCCCGUAUCGAAGAGGUGUUCGCGCGGCUCGGUGGCGGUAACCGUUAUACGAAACUCGACCUUAGUAACGCAUAUAAUCAAUUUGUUUUAUCAGACGAUUCACAAGAGCUCACUACUAUAAAUACAACAAAAGGGUUGUAUAAGUAUACGAGGCUCGUGUAUGGACUAGCCAACGCGCCGGCUAUUUUCCAACGCGCAAUGGAGACACUCCUAGUAGUUUGUGUGGCCACGCGACCCUCCCCGCCGCGCGCCGCGCCCGCGCCUUGGCCUCGCCCUCCGGCCGCUUGGCAUAGGAUACAUAUCGACUCCGUGGGAGGAACUCCUAUCGCUGUCGGGUCAACGAUGAAGUACCUGGGACUCGUCCUCGAUAGCAAAUGGAGGUUCGUAGAGCAUUUCAAGCGCCUGGCACCUAAGUUGAUGGCUGCAGCCGGAGCGCUUGGACGGAUUCUCCCAAAUCUGGGCGGACCGGGAGGGGCCUGCAGGCGGCUCUAUAUGAGUGGCUUACGCUCAAUGGCGCUUUACGGGGCGCCAAUAUGGGCGGAUACCCUGAGGUCUAAAAGUGCGGCCCUAUUGCGUCGACCGCAGCGCCCUAUAGCCCUCAGGGUUGCUCGAGGGUACCGUGACAAUUCACAUGUGGCAGCCGGCCUGCUGGCUGGAAGCCCGCCAUGGGACCUUGAAGCCAAGGUGCAGUCCGCUGUCUAUUGGCGGGUGCAGGCUGCUAGGAGGGAGGAAAACUGGCCCGCCCCUCAAGAAGUUCGCCAGUGGCGGGAAGAGGCGCGAGAAGUGCUCUUCGAAAAGUGGUCGGAGCGUUUAGAGAUCCCGGGAGCUAGCCGGGACCUGGUGGCUGCUAUUCGGCCCGUUCUGAAGGAAUGGGUCGAACGCAAACAUGGCGCACCCUCCUUCCAUCUCACACAGCUCCUGACGGGGCACGGCUGCUUCGGCUGGUACUUGUGUGAGAGGGUGGGAAGAGAGCCAACAACGGCGUGUCACCACUGUCGCGGAGGAGCCGUGGAUACGGCCAAGCACACGCGCGAAGAGUGCCCUGCGUGGGCGGAGCCUCGCGCUGUCCUGUCCACGGCUAUAGGAGGUGACCUCUCACUGCCGGCGCUAAUCCGCCGCAUGGUGGACAGUGAGGAGGCAUGGGCGGCAGUGACCUCCUUCAGUGUCACCGUCAUGACGCAGAAGGAGGCGGCAGAGCGAAUGCGCGAGGAUGAUGCGAGCUCGCUCCCUCAGCGCCGCAGGAGGCCGGGCAGGCGGCGAAGAGCCUUCGCGGCCCGAAUGCUGCCACCCUAA